GCCGGGGAUAUGGUUAUAGGCGUUCACUGUGCAGACUACAGCAAGCUUCAAAGUCAGCCUUUGACACUUUUAUCCAGUGAUAAAUCCUUAAUUACCAAUUUCCUUGAGACUGAGGAAGCUUCCGUCAAGAAAAUCGCAGCAAGUUUUGAUUCCAAAGUUUUAAAGAAUAAGAUCGAUGGGAAGUUUAUCCGAAUCAACGGGGAUCCAGGCCCAGGGAUUCUGGAAGUAUGCAAGAACGAGAGCGCCUCUAUGAUCGUGAUGGGGUCACGUGGUCUGGGGACGGUGCGUCGGACUUUAUUAGGGGGAGUUAGUUCCUAUGUCAUGUAUCAUGCGUCAGUUCCGGUGAUUAUUUGCCGAAUGUAGAGACAGGAACUUCAAAACUUUAGAAUUUUUCAUAACAGUCGGCGACAGCAUAACGCAAAGACAAUCUACCUACCAUGUGGCCUCGCACGACAAUGGAACGAGGAUAUCCAAUACACUGUAUCAAUUAUUCGAAGAAUAUAUUUUGAUUCUAUAUUGCAUCUUUCAAGUUUUAUGUAUUGCUUGUGUGAUAAUAUUUGGUAAAUGGGAACUAUUGUUUAAUAUGUUUAAUAAAUAAUGACAAAACGCGACACUGCACAGUGUUGCAAUGUUUGAUAUAUUGUU